GCAGCUAGCCGUAAAGUCCAAGCUAAGACCAAUGGAGUAUUAUGCACUACCACUUGCAUAAUAGUAGUAGUUAUUUGGUCACCAACUCUGGAGCCCUCUCAUAAAUUAAACUUAUUGUGAGCCAUUACGAUCGAUCAGUAGCUUGCGUUCAGCCGGCCAUGGCGCCCACCUCCCUGCUGCUGCUGCUGCUGCUCCUCGCCUGCGCGGCGCCGCUGCCGCUCCAGCUGCGUGCUGCCGACACGCCCACCAUCCGCCUCUACAUGCACGACGUCGUCUCCGGCAGCGGCGCCACGGCGGUGCAGGUCAUCAAGGGCCCGGCCUCCUCGUCGGGCAACGGCGGCGUCAGCACCGGCUUCGGCGACACCACCGUCAUCGACGACGCGCUCACGGAGACGUCGUCGCCGACGUCCCGCGAGGUGGGGCGCGCGCAGGGGUUCUACAUGGUGGCGUCGCAGUCCAGCCCGGCGCUGAUGAUGUGCAUCAACCUCUACUUCACCUCCGGCGACAACAACGGCAGCACCAUCGCGGUGAUGGGCCACGACGACACCGCGGCCGCGGUGCGGGAGCUGUCCGUGGUGGGCGGCACGGGGAAGUUCCGGAUGGCCACGGGCUACGUGGUGUGGAAGACGGCCACCAUGACGCCGUCCGACGGAGUGUUCGAGCUCGACGUGUACGUCACCACGCCCAACGGCACCACCAUCGACGCCUCGGCGCCCGUCUCGCCGUUGGACGGAGGCGGCGGCAGCAGCGGCGGCGGGUCGUCGACAGCCAAGUCGGGGGCGGCGGCACCGGGGCGGAUGAGAGGGUGGGUGAACGCGUGCGUGGUGGGGUUGGUGGUGGUGGUGCUGUUGGUUGGGCGCGGUUGGUGAGGCGUCGGUGUCGGAUCUGACUGAGUGCUGCCUCUCUUUCUCUUUGUUUUACCUUUCUUUUUUCGUCUUGGAAUCGGAUUCCAUACUGAUGAUUGAGCCUUUCCAGUAAA